AUAUUAACUCUAUCAAACUGCUGAAUUACCGUUAAUUGACGCCCAUACAGUUACAUUUUCGUAUUGGACAGAAGAUUAGGGGAAAAGGGGGGUCUUUGACAUUUUGAUUAUCAGAUCUCCAAUUCACUAUAGCAAUCUCCGCCUUCAGUUUUUAAAAUAAUGGGAGCACCUAAGCAAAAAUGGACUCCAGAGGAAGAAGCAGCUCUUAAAGCUGGAGUCCUUAAGCAUGGGCCGGGAAAAUGGCGUACCAUUCUGAAGGACCCACAGUUCAGUGGAGUUCUCUAUCUGCGAUCCAAUGUUGAUCUGAAGGACAAGUGGAGGAACAUGAGUGUCAUGGCGAAUGGAUGGGGCUCACGUGAGAGGGCCAGGUUAGCUCUAAAAAGGAUGCAUCCUGCCCCCAAGCAUGGAGAGAGCUCUAUGGCUUUGUCCACCUUUAGUCAAAGCGACGACGAACUAGUAGAUGCUAGGUCUCUUGAUCCUUCAGGCGGUUCUUCACCAAAUGAUGGACCAAAGAGAUCUAUCAUGAGGCUGGACAAUCUCAUAAUGGAGGCCAUAAGCAACCUGAGGGAGCCUGGUGGCUCUAACAAGACAUCAAUAGCUGCAUAUAUAGAGGAUCAAUACUGGGCACCUCCAAACUUUAAGAGAAUAUUGUCUGCAAAGUUAAAGCAUAUGGCUGCAACUGGGAAACUUAUUAAGAUGAAACGCAAGUAUAAAAUAGCCGGAGCUUCCACAUUAUCUGAAAGAAGAAGGAAUCCGUCUGUUGCUGUGGAAGGAAGACAAAAGAUUUCUCCGAAAAUUGGCCAUGAUGACAUUGGUCAUCUCACAAAAUCUCAGAUUGAUGUAGAGUUAGCCAAGAUGAGGAGCAUGACUCCACAAGAAGCCGCCGCAGCUGCUGCGCAAGCAGUUGCUGAAGCAGAAGCUGCAAUGGCUGAAGCUGAAGAGGCAGCUCGUGAGGCUGAGGCUGCAGAAGCUGAUGCGGAAGCCGCCCAGGCUUUUGCAGAGGCAGCAUUGAAGACACUGAAAGGAAGAAACACCCCCAACAUGAAUGUACAGAUGAUUCAUGCGUGAUGGGGUUCACUCUCUCUCUGAUCACUAGCCGCUUACAGAUUCUCUCGAAUGAAACCUGGUUGAUUGUCUUCCAUAGUUCCAUGGACUUGAUCUAUCUUGUAAAUAUAGCAACAAGAUAUUUAACCUAUAAUAUGAGGGAGCGGGGAGGUGUUCCUCCAGGCGAGUCUGGCACUCGUCGUUGUCAUUUUUUGGGGGUUAGCUGUAUGUUGAUUCAUUCCAUUGUAGAAAUUGAUGCUCGUUUGCUGAACUCUUUUCUGUAUUAGUGGAAGAUGGUGGAGAGAUGUUUGCUGGGAAAGAAAGAAGAAAGAAAUAGAAAAAGAAAAAGAAAAAAGAAAGACCCGGUGGUGAUAACAUAGAUCUAGAUGUUUGGAUCCACUGCUUUUUGUUUCUUUUAAUAGGCGUAAAAUGGAUGGUAGAUAUGGGGGCAAUUCUCUUUUAAAAUUGUUGUAGCAGACUGCAGUAUACCCUUUUUUUGUUGUAUGAUAAUAAUAUUGAUAAUAAGAAUUAUAAUCAUGAAUCCAUGAUGGAGUGAAUAUAA